CACAACAUAACCUCACCACCUAUAUUACCAUCGAUCACCAUCAACCACAACCACACAUGCAUCGGGCAUGACAAUUACCCUGUAGCAGCAUGCUCAGGGGUAGCAGCACCUUUCUCGCGGCCAGAUAACCCCACCUCCUUUCUCCUUCCUGCGCACCAUCGCCAUUCCCAUUCACAGUCACAUUCACCCAUGCAGUAACACACUGCCAUGGUCGCCAUGCCAUCGGACCUGCAAGUGUUCGUGAAAUGGAAGGAACAGACCAUCUUUGCCGGCGAAGAUGUCGAGUGCACUAUCACAUUCAAGAACGUUGCCGAAACCGCGAAAGAAGAGCCCAAAACACCCGCGUUGCAUCAUCAGCGUAGGAUAUCUCGGCCACUCAAUGCUGUCACAGGUAAUGACGGCUACUUCGCCGCCAAAUCUCCGCAGAGCUUCUUUUUCAAUAAUGGCGGUCGCCGCUCUAUCCCAUCCAGUCCGCGCCGGCCAGCCCCCGGUUCCCAUCGCGUGUCGGCGUCGCUCAGUUCGCCUUUGACGGGGUCUCAUAGCUUCCCUCCUCUCCACACGCCCGCACGUCUUAACAAUGGUCCGGGUCAUAAACAUAAACGGUCCGUUUCGAUCCUCUCAAUAGAAAGCGAUGGUGGCAAUGCGGUGGAAAAGACUCCGGUUCAAUCCCAAUUUACCCGCUCGCGGCCGUGGAGCCACGGCCGGUCUGCCAGUCUACAGGUUCUUCCAAAACGGCCUUCAGGACCGGAAGAGAUAUUUUCUCCUGGCGGAAGACUCCCUGUUCGGGGACUACCCUCGGCGGAAUCAGCCCUCAGUCCUCGCAUCGAGGCCGAAAGACCACUCAAAUCAAGCAGAGCUGGCUCAGGUGCCGCAAGUCCGAUGCGAAGUCCUCGCCCAGGACCGAGUCCAUUGCCUAGUGACUUUAAAUUUCCCUUGGCCCCCGCCCUGAAUGAAUCCGAAGGCAGUCUUUCUACAAACGAUCAAUCGAUAGGAACAACCGAUGAUGGAGCGUCUACACGACAACUUCCCAGACAACCUCCAUCUCUUACACAACAAGCACAUUUGGCCCCAGCAACAAGAAUACUUUCCAACUCGAGCGUGAAUGGGAGCACUAGAAGUAGCGGCGAAUUCUAUGCGGCGAGCAACAAUUCAAGCGACACCCUGGAAUCUGAGUACACCAACUAUGGAGGAAGUCGCAUCAAGAGCAAUGCGACAAAGCACAGACGGCACCUUUCCAGUCUGGAAACCAGCAUGAAAGCACGAGAUGCCCUCACAUUAUUGAUGGGAUACGCGCAGAUAAAUGCAUCAUUCACUGUUGACGGCUCUUUAGUCAACCAAGCAGCAUUCGAGGAGGUGAAACGAAAAGGUGUUGUAGGAGCGCCUGCAGGUGGUGGUCGUACUCAAGAGAAACCCCGUCGGGGUGGUGGUCUUUUGGGCGCUUUUGGAUGGAACGCAAUUGAGGAGUCAAUCAGCGGCUUACUGUCUAAUGGUGACCUCGAGGGUCUUAGAGAUAUGCGAGGAGUCACUUCCUCUAAAUCGGUUCCCCUGUUAUCUACUCCACAAUCUCUUCUUUUCGUCAAUCUUUGCCUCGGUCCUGGCGAAGAAAAGUCAUACUCCUUUUCAUUCACGCUGCCGAGAGGACUGCCCGCCAGUCAUAAAGGGAAGGCGAUCAAGAUUUUCUACAAUCUUGUCAUUGGAACUCAACGAGCGGGGGGAGCAAGAGAUACACAACAGGUUAACCGUAUCAAUGUUCCUUUCCGAGUGUUCAGCGGGGUUAACGGUCAAGGAGAUGUCCUUGGUCACGAUCUCAUGCAACCAUAUGUGCUUCUGCGUGACGAAGCACGCGUGUAUGCUGUAUCUAGCAGCCCUCGCCCUCCCCCGAAAGACAAAAGUAUCAGUGGCCCGGCUUGGACCACCGCUCCUGAAUUCUUAUCCUACGUGGAUGAACUACUAGAGCAUCACGACCAACAAUCUCUCCGAACCUCCAUAGCACCCCCAAUCACGCCACUUGAGAGAAAACCCUCCACCAAUUUUAACGAUCCAAACAUGUCUUCCAAAGACGCCAUCGACCUCGCCAUCCUCCGCGGCAACCAAAUCACCAGCUCCAACCGCAGCGCAAACCGGUUCGACAUUGCCCGCAACGGCCGCCGCAUAGCCGUCGUAGUACUCAACCGUCCAUCGCACCGCCUCGGAGAAACCGUCUUCGCCACCAUCGAAUUCACCAAUGCAUCUCUCCCCUGUUUCUCACUCCGCGCAACGCUCGAAACAUCUGAAAAGGUCGACCCAUCCUUAGCCGUACGGUCUACGGCAAGCAUCCACCGCGCCACACGCCGCAUUCACGCCUCCUACUUUGAAAACACUCUCUUCUCCACGCGGGUAGUUUUCAGCCCGGCAAUCCCGAUCUCAGGCACCCCAACCCUAUUAACAACUGGCGUCAGAUUAGACUGGGAAUUGCGGUUUGAGUUUGUCACAACCCAUUCCAAUAACGACGCCGAUGUGACUCUGUCGGGGACUAGACUCCUCGAAUCCCUCGGCGAAGACGAGCGGGGCUCGGUCUUUGCAGCGUUGGAAAAUCUGCCAAGCGAGUCAUUUGAGAUUGUUAUUCCGUUGACGGUUUAUGGGGAGACGGUGAGAGAGCCGUUGACGGAGGAGAAAGAAGGGUAUUCAAUUUGAGCUAUUUUCUUCAUAAUAUGCAAUACAAUACAUAUUUGGUAGAUUUACACAUACCCUAAAUAUGAAAAGUCUCGGAAUAGUCACAUAGCAGAUUGACGAUCUAUUCAGUGUUCGUGUCCGCGAUACAUAGUUAUAUAACGUACGCCUGUCAUUGUCAUCUCCGAAUUGAUGACGUCUAAUAGGCUUUGUGUAUAUUAGCUCUGUAUAUCUGUCUAUCGAGAUAGUUGUAUAACUAGCAUUGAU